AGAAAGAUGUGGAUGUUGAAAUCUGAAGGAACGGAAAUAGAAAGCCACCACGCCAUCAUAGAAUAUUGAAGUGCUCAAGAUUUGUGGGUCAACAUAAAGGUAGGUUGAUUUGAUUAAUUGGGAAUUUUUUGUGUUUUAGGGUUUGUAAAUGAAGAGGAGUGUUGGGUCGAAGGGUUGUCCAUUGUCUUCGUCUUCUUCUGUGCAAGUGGGAUCUUCUCAUUUUGGAAGAAAAGUUUGUGGUUGUGGCGACCAAUUACUGCUUCUGAAAGCAACUACUACAAAGAAUAAUGGCAGAUUUUUCUUCAGGUGUCGAAAUUGGGCUACUGAAUCACAUUGUAACUAUUUCCGAUGGGCUGAUGCGGUAGAAGGUGAAGUCGAACGAAAGCCUCAAUGUGACGAACGAAAGCCUGAAUGUGAAGGAGAGAAUGAAAAUUUAAGUGGCAGUGAUACAGUGAUACUUCAGUUGUUGCAGAAGAAUGCCAAACUAAAGAAGAAAUUAUCGGUGGAGAGAAAAAUGGGAGAAAUAAAGUUAUUUUUGUUCAUUUUAUCUUGGGGUUUUACUGUCAUACUUUGUGUUCUGUUUCUGUUAAAGACGAAUUGUAAGGAAUAA